GCAUGUGUCAGACGCAUGCGCGAUGCCGCCUUACGUGGCAUCGGCACUCAGUCCAGUCGGAGUGUCGGAGUGGUCAGUUACAUCGAGUCACAUCGACGUAUAUUUCUCAUGCAGCAUAUUCCAGAUAUAGGAAGGCAGCAUCCAUAUGCUGCGCCUGUGCCUCCAAUAAACAAUCAACAAAACUUUAUAAAGCCGCCGAUUGUGGGAGAACAGAAUCUGUCGAAUUCACAAAUGCAUUCUAACUUAAUGUCGGCCCCGCCGCCUGUGGAACACCCUCAAGUAAUGGGACCUCCGACGACAGGCGUUCCUGGCUCUCAAAUACCUUCGCGUUUACCUACAGGUUUUCACCGACAUGGGCAAGCUCCUGUAGGUUAUCAAACUCAGGGGACUAAUCUCCCAAACGCUAACCUACUCCAAUCUGGAAUGCCGCCGUAUAAUCCUGUACCACCAUUACCGGCGCAAGUGCAAGGAAGGCCAACAGAUCAAGAUUUGUCACAAUUUGCUCCUCCUCUUUCAACAACGGGACAGACUAUAGCGAGUCCUCCAGCGACCGGUUAUUCUCAAGCUCGGCAAAAGCAAUAUUUACCACCAAUGCCGGGCCAAACUAUAACGAGUCCUGUAGGGCCAGGGCCAGGGCCAGGGCCAGGUUUAGGGCAGCAACCUGCUCAAAGACAAUAUGGCUCUAAUAUGCCUCCAUUACCAGGGCAAGCUUUAUCCAGUCCUUUAGGAGUAAACCGUACAUCGCCUGGUAUCCCUUCAAACUAUCAACAACCAACGUACCAACAGCCUGGAUAUCAUAACCAAAUGGAUAUGUAUAAUAAUCAAAGGAACAUGUAUCAGACUAAUGCACCUAAUGCUACAGGAUAUCAACCUCAACAAGCUAGACGACUUGACCCAGAACAGAUGCCGAGUCCGAUUCAAGUGAUGCAAGACGAUCAAAAUAUGAGAGGUGGAGUAUUCAUAACGAGUCAGAAAGGACUGGUACCACCUUUGGUGACGACAAAUUUUAUAACUCAGGAUCAAGGAAAUGCCUCUCCCAGAUAUAUCAGGUCCACUAUGUAUACCGUUCCCACUACUACUGAUAUUAUAAAACAGACCAAUGUUCCCUUUGGACUUGUGAUAAGUCCAAUGGCUCGUAUCGUGCAAGGAGAAUGUGAACCACCAAUUGUAGAUAUGGGCGAAAUUGGGCCAGUACGUUGCGUACGUUGUAAAGGUUACAUGUGUCCGUUUAUGCAAUUUAUUGACUCCGGUCGAAGAUUUCAAUGCAUGUUCUGUAAAGCGACGACAGAAGUUCCAAAUGAAUAUUUCCAACACUUAGACCAGUUAGGGCAACGUUUAGAUCGUUACGAGAGACCUGAAUUAACGUUGGGUACAUUCGAAUAUAUGGCCACAAAAGAUUAUUGCAGGGACAAUGUUUUUCCAAAAUCACCAGCCAUUGUGUUCAUAAUCGACGUAUCGUACAAUACAGUUAAAUCUGGAUUAGUGAACUUAUUGUGUACAAAUAUAAAAUCCAUAAUAAAGAAUCUACCUAUUGACGCAGGGCAAACCAAAAGUAAAAUGAAAGUUGGCUUUAUAACAUAUAAUAAUACCGUGCAUUUUUAUAACAUCAAUUCUUGUCUUGCUCAACCACAAAUGAUGGUUGUUGGAGAUAUUCAAGAUGUAUUUAUGCCGCUUUUGGACGGAUUUCUGUGCGACGUCGAAGAGAGUGAGGCAGUUAUCGAUAGUCUUAUGAUACAAAUUCCUCAAAUGUUUGCGGAUACUCGAGAAACAGAAACAAUUCUUGCUCCUGCCAUACAAGCUGGAUUAGAAGCAUUAAAGGCGUCCCAACGUUCUGGCAAAUUAUUGAUAUUCCAUUCAUCUUUACCAAUUGCCGAAGCACCUGGGAAAUUGAAAAACCGUGAUGACCGUAAAGUACUUGGAACUGAUAAAGAAAAAACGGUAUUAGUUCCGCAGAAUAAUGUCUAUAAUAAUUUGGGUCAAGAAUGUGUCGGUGCAGGUUGCAGUGUAGAUUUGUUUAUCUUUAAUAAUUCAUAUGUAGAUAUAGCAACAAUUGGUCAAAUUUGUCGUCUUACUGGAGGAGAGAUUUAUAAAUACACUUAUUUCCAGGCCGAUAUCGAUGGUGAAAGAUUAAUUUCAGAUGUUAUUAAUAAUAUUAGUAGGCCAAUCGCUUUUGACGCUGUUAUGCGAGUACGUACAUCUACAGGUGUUAGAGCGACCGACUUCUAUGGUCAUUACUUUAUGUCCAAUACAACUGAUAUGGAAUUAGCCAGCAUAGACUGCGAUAAGGCUGUUGGAAUAGAAAUUAAACAUGACGACAAACUAACAGAGGAUGAAGGUGUGUACAUUCAAGCGGCUCUGCUAUAUACUUCCUGCAGUGGUAUUAGAAGAUUGCGAAUCAUAAACCUGAGCCUGAAAACCUCAUCGCAAAUGGUCGAAUUAUAUCGCGCGUGCGAUUUGGAUGCUAUUAUAAAUUAUUUCUCUAAGCAAAAUAUUUUUAAAUUACUGGAGUCUACUCCAAAAACGGUAAAGGAUAAUUUGAUUGCACGAUGUGCAAAUAUGCUGGCUAUAUAUCGAAAACAUUGUGCAACACCAUCCAGUGCUGGACAAUUAAUACUACCAGAAUGCAUGAAGUUACUUCCACUUUACAUAAACUGUUUGUUGAAAAGCGAUGCAUUAACAGGAGGAGCUGAUAUGACCAUUGAUGAUAGAUCUUAUGUAAUGCAAGCGGUCGCAACAAUGCCUAUUUCCAUAUCCGUUGCAUAUGUUUAUCCCAGAUUAUUUCCUUUACACGAUGUUGAUCCUCAAGAUUCGGAACUGCCUCUAAUGUUGCGUUGCUCUAUUGAUAAAUUUACAGACGAUGGCGCUUAUUUACUUGAAAACACCAUCCAUAUGUUCUUAUGGUUGGGCAUGGCACUUUCUUCCCAAUGGGUACAGAGUGUCUUUGGAGUACCUUCGGUGGUCCAAGUCGAUACAGAUCGUGCAACACUACCGAUCUUAGAUACUCCUUUAAAUAAUAGAAUCAGAAAUAUUAUUAAUCGGAUACGUGCCGAAAGACAUCGCUGUGUGAAAUUAACGAUAGUAAGACAACGUGAAAAAUUAGAAAUGGUGUUACGUCAUUUCUUGGUUGAAGAUAGAGGAAAUGAUGGAAGUCCUAGCUACGUCGAUUUCCUAUGCCACAUGCACAAAGAAAUAAGAACACUUCUUAGUCAAUAAAUAAUUUUUUAAGUACUCAGCUAACUUCUAUUCGAAUUCUGGCUCUUUUGCAUCGAUGAUUUGUUAUCUCGUUGCCUAAAGAAAUUCAAGCAAGGCAUUGUCCUCGAUCAUUGUAUUUUUAUGCAUCCAAACAUGCAUUAAACAUUACACAGACACACACAUAAGAUGGCCCAUUUGUGCAUUUUAAAUAUCUUAUUUUGAAUAAUAGAAAAAAAAUUAAAGUUGAGGUUUAUAGUUUCGAGGAACAUAUGUAGUGGUAAUACUUUCAUUUUUCAUAGAGGCAUAAAGAAGAUUUCAAAAGCAACUUGAUUUUUUAAAAUAAAAUCAAAAUAAUUUUUCUUAUAUAAACAUGGUUUACUUAGUUAUUCUGCAUAUAAAAGUAUUAAAGUAAGGAUAUCACAAAAAAUCAAUACUUUAUUUUAUACUUUAUUCUGGUAUAUUUUGACACGAAAUAUAAAAUAUUUCU